UGCUACCACUCUACCAGCACACAGCGCACUGCAGUCCCGGUCAGCAAACCUUCCCCCGCACGGCCGCACCCCUCCCCACCCCGCCGAGCGCUCCGCGGCCGCCAUGGCGUCUCCUCCGGGCCCGGGGUCUGCCAACCGCGCGCUCUCCUCCUCGUCGAGGGGGCCGCUCUCGCCCUUCCCCGGCGCGGCCCGCGACGCCGUCCCUUUCCUCCGGCACCACCACCCUCCCGGCGGCGACUCCGACGGCGGCGCCUCCAUGGACGAGUUCGACGAAGAUGACGACGACGACGACGACGAUGAGGAGGAGGAUCAGGAUGCCGAGCUGGCGGCCCGCAGCUCGCUGCAGCGACGCGACUCCUCUCCAGCUGGAGUCGGGCAGCGGCCUGUGGUGAAUGGAGAGAAUGGAGCGAGACAAAUCCAGGAAGGGCAGCAAUGGCAGCUGUACAGCUGUGGAACCGAGCAGCCCGGCCGCGCUUCGUCUCGAGGGGACGAAGAGCCUGGUUCUGUUCCCAGGGAGAUGAGGGUGGAGGAUGGGUAUGGGGUGAUUGGGAGAAGAGAGGGAGGCCCUGCGUCUAGCUACUGGGACCUUCUCAGAGCGCACCUGUCCGACCCGUUGACAGGUAUUCUCAUGGACGACGCGAUGAUUCUGUCAUGUGGGCAUUCUUAUGGAAGUAGUGGGAUGCAGCAUAUCUACAGAAUGAAAGCUUGUGGUAAAUGUGGUCAGCCAAUUACCGAGGACUCCAUUCGGCCAAACCUGGCUCUUGGCCUUGCAGUCCAGGCAUUUAGACGCGAGGAAGAGUCGGCAAAAACACUGAAAAGAAGAAGAGAUCGCAUUGAACAGGACAAAUGUGGCAACGAUGACCCGAAUCCAGCCGAGCUUUCAAGAGGCAAAGGUGUCCAGUAUCCUUUCGCUGUCUUCGACCGGGUGAUAAUCAAGGGAAACAAGAGGACCCCGGAGCGGUUCGUGGGGCGCGUCGCGGUGGUGACAGCACAGUGCUUGAAUGGAUGGUAUGUGGUGAAGACUUUGGACAAUGCGGAGAGCGUGAAGCUGCAGUACCGUUCGCUGGCGAAGUUCGUCGACGGCGGCGGCGGUGAGCCUCCUGCGGUGGCCUCCAACAGUUCCCAGAACGCAAGCUGGUUGUGACUUGGAAGGUACAAAAGCAGAUCAUGCUGAGUACAAGCAGUUGCUGAUAUGUACUGAGAAGCUGCAUCAUGGUGUUUUAGAUCAGAGCAGAAUCAGAUCUCCAGGCCCCCAUCUUUUGCUGUUUCCAGGAGGAGGCAAACAGUAGAGUGAGGAACAUUAUCCUUUUUUGGUAGCCAAUCACAGUGUCAAUCUUUAUGGUGCUCCUCUCCCUUUCCUUUUUCUUUCUGUGGCAGCAACUAGGUACCAUGUGGUGUCAGUCAGUGUCCUUGUGAUGUGAGGCUUUGUAGAAUACUACCAUUCCAGUA